AUGAUAUACUUAGGUAAAAAAUUAUUAAGUUGUACAUUGUUUGUUUAUUUUUUGUAUAUACAUUUUUUUCUUUUGAAACAGAAUAAUUUUUGUGAUGUAAAGGUAAGAGAAAGAAUUCUUGAGGAAAGUAUAAAUAAUGAUUUAUCAUCAAAAGGAGAAAAUUUACAUAUUUAUGAGAAGACGAAUGUAAGUGUUCAGACAUUUAUUAAAAAAAAAGAAAGAAAGAAUUUAUCGGAUAAUAAUAUAAAUGAUAAAAUAAAUAAUAAUAAUAAUUAUAAUAAUAAUAAUAAUAAUAAUAUAGAAGACACAACAUAUUAUCCUACUGGAAAUGAAAAAAAGGAAAAUAUUUUUUUAAAAAUUUUUCGAUAUGUUAAAAAUUGGUUUCCUAUUAAAUCUUCUAAUAAUUUAAAAAAGACAAAUAUAAAUUAUGAACAAGUACAGGAAGAAAAUGAAUUUUCAAAAUAUAUAUUACAAAAUAAUAUGUCCAUAGAAACUACCAAAGUGUGUUUAAUCGGAUCAGGGGGGGAUUCUUCUCAUGAUUUGAUAAAACAAUUUUUGUUACAUAAUAAUGUAAAAUAUAACAGAAAUUAUGAAAAUGACAAUUCCUUGAAUAAUAAAAGUGGAAGUAUAAUUUCUUCGUAUAAAUAUUAUUCAGAAGAAAUAAUUCAAGAACCUUACAUAAUAGACAGAGACAUAUGUAAUAAAAAAAAAAAUUGUAAAGAAUCGACUUUGAAUUAUGAAAAUAAUCCUAAAACGCUCAUAGGUAAUAUUAUUAUUCAAAGUGAUAUAUUAAAAAAUGAAAAAAUAUUUAAUAUGAAUAGACAUUUUGUUGUAUGUAAAUAUUUCGGAAGUAUCCCCAAAACAAACAUAAAGAUAAAUCAAUCGACAUUAAUACAACAUCUUAUUAAAUGUUUAGAUUAUUGUAAAAUGGAAGGUGUUCAAUAUAUUUAUAUUGGUUAUAAUAUAUAUGCAGCAAAUAAUAAAUUGAUAGAAAUUAUGAAGAAAUUAAGAGAACAUAAAAUAAUAAUUGUAACAUCAUCUGGGAAGAUAUAUGACGAUGAUAAUAAUAAUGAUAAUAAUAAUUUUUAUAAUGACAAUAUUUAUAAUAACAAUAUUUAUAAUGUUCAUAAUGAUGAUAAGGAGAAAAUAAAGAAUCAUAUAAAAAAAAAAAAUAAACAAAAUAAUUAUUUAUAUGAAUAUCAAAGAACACAAAAGGACGAAGAACAAAAAUCAAAUUCUUCUUUAUAUCAAAACCUUGAAAAUGUUAUUUCAAUUUCUGGUCUGAUAUAUACAGAUAGUAGUAAAAAAAAUAAAAACAAAAAUUAUAUAUAUGAUAAUGAAAUAAAAAUAUUAGAUCAGAAAGGAAACAAGAAAUUAAAUAGAAAUUAUAUAUCUCUAUUUUAUUUUUCUUAUGAUACAGACAUAUAUGAAAAAAUCGAAUCUGAUAUUAUAGAUGAUGAUCAUGAUUUGGUAUCUGCAUCUUUUGUUAAUACAUUAGUGCUUAUGCAUAGUAUCAAUUUAAAGUUGUCUCUAGGUAGGUUAAGAAAAAUAUUAAAUAAAUCGAUUGUAAAAAGAGAAGAAUUAAGACAUUUGUCUAAUAGGGCAUAUUAUCAUGAUAUGAUGAAUACAUUUGAAGAUUCGUUGAAUCAAAGAAAACGUUCCUACAAAAUAUUUUACUUGGAGUUAAAAAAUAAUAAACAUAAGGUAUUGUUAUCUGAUGCAAAUCUUAAAUCUAUGUAUCAAGAUAAUUUGCCAGUGAAUUAUAACGAGGAGGAUCAUGUAAAACAUAAUGUAGAGCAGGAAACAAGUGUGGAGAGGGACAUAUAUAAAAAUAAUGAGAAUAGUAAUAAAAAUAGAAAGAUGGAUAUGGAUGAAGGAAAAGGUACAUAUAUACAAAAUAAAGAAUCACAUAAAUAUAAUAUUCAUUAUCCUUAUAAUAGAAUAAAACAGUCGCUUUUGAAUGAUAAUACGCUUAAUCAUAAACCUUAUGUCUCUUUUUUGAAUAUGUCUUAUUAUAAUGAAGAUAUUGAAAAAAGGAAUUAUAACAUAUAUGAUGACCCAUCGUAUACAUAUGACCAAGGUAUAACAUAUGACGAUAAUUAUUAUAUUGAUGAUCAUGAUAUACAUACAAGAAAGAAAAGAAAAAUAUCAUAUGACGGAGAGGAUAACAAUGAUUAUCACAUGUAUGAUGACAGGGACAAUCUUUUUCAUUCAAAUUUAGGUAAUAAUAAAUAUGAGGACGAUGGAAAUGUUCAUAGGGAGAAGGAAAAGGAUCUAGAGCCCCGAUUUUUAUAUGAUCCGUUUGCUAACAUAGAAAACCGGGAUCUAGAAACGGUACAAGAAUUAUCCGAGUUAAGGGAAAAAAAAAGCAAUAAUUUUUAUUCAAGGAAUCAUGACAAUUCAUCGAAUAUGAAAAGAAGAAGGAAAGAAAAAAAAAAGAAAUUGAAAAAGGUACUACGAUCUAAAUAUGAUAAAAUAGGAAAUCUAGAAAGAAUAAGAAGAAAAAAAAAAAGAAGAAUGAUACAUAAAAAUAAAAUAAAUAAAAGAAGAAAUAUGAAAAGAAAAAAUAACGAGUUGGAAGAAAGGAGAAAUAAACAAGCUGAUAAAAAUAGUUCAAGUGGUAAUGGAAAAGGAAAAAUAAAUGGAACACGCAAUUCUCCAAAGAUAAAAUUUAAACGAUAA